CAAUAAAGGAGAAAAGGACAAAAACGAAUGAAGCGACGCCGUUUCACACCGACGCAGAAGAUAUGAUGGUGACUCAGAUCCUUGCUUAGAUUCCUCGUAACUUCUCCGUCACCGAUUACGCUUACUCCCCGCCGUCCGUUGUUUCAGGCGACGAAAUAGAUCUCCGAUUCAGCCUUAGUCUCUCCUUAUCAUCUCCACAGACGCAACCUUUGUUAUGGAUCCGUCGCACCAGCCUCAGGUAACUCUUCCUCACGAUAACGAGGUUACGGAAUCGCUUGGUGCGGUUAUGGAAUUAGAAUCGGAAUCUGGAAGCUGUUUUAUCGAGAAUAUAGAUCAUGAUAGUGAUUCUGAUGUUAACAACCUCUGUGACUUUGCUGAAUCCGAUGACGAUUCUGGGAUUGAGUUUCGCGAUGUUAGGUUAGUUACCGUCGAAUCGGGUUCUGAUGAUGAUCCUGAGGAUGAGAGGGAGAUAUGGGGAAUCGAUCUGAAUGAAUCAGAUGUAGAUGAUGAUGAUGAUGUUAGUGUGACUAUACACUCACUCGAAGUAGAAGAUCUUGGAGGAGCUGCCGUUGAGCUGGAUUGGGAAGAAGUUGAUGGUGGUGCUGACGUGUCACCGAUGUUCUCUCUAGGAGAUUUAGCUAGAGACGAGAGAAGAGAUGGCUCUGGGAACCUUGAGUGGCAAGUCUUGAUGAACGCUCACACUCUAGAGAUCAACUUCGAUGCGGAGAACAGAGAGCUGUACAUUGUUGGUGGUGAUCAGUAUGAUCUCUUGUUUGAACAGUUUGCUCAAGCUGGGAUUACCAAUCUCCGUUUUCCUCCAGCUUCUGAAGCUUUCGUCAAGAACCUCCCAGUGGUGGUUCAGGUGGGUGUUGAGAACGAUGACUGUGCGGUUUGUAAAGAUGAGAUGGGUAUCGGGAGCAAAGGUGUUGUUCUUCUGUUGCCUUGUAAUCAUAAGUACCAUGGCGAAUGCAUUGUACCGUGGCUUAAAACGAGGAACACGUGUCCUGUUUGUCGUUAUGAGUUGCCUACAGAUGAUGUGGAUUAUGAGCGAAGGAAGAGCCAUAUAAGAACAAGUAGGGAUGCUAUAUGAUAAACUGGUUUGUUAACAUUUUGUAUAUAUGGGUUUGUCUUUUGAAUAUUGAUUAUUGAAGAAUGUGUGUAUAUUCCAUGUUUGGAUUGCGUCAAGCUUUUUCUUAGUUGUAUACCUCUUUGUAUAUUGCCUUUUUGUAUGACCCAUAUGUUGUUGGUCUAGGCUUUACAUGGAGGAACAUGUGUAUGUAUAAUAUUUGCUUGCUUUCUCAUUUUAUUUAAGCUUGGAUAAGGAUUUUUACA